GUACAGUCCCAAUCUGACCACACAAGCGACAGAAGCAACACAAACGAUACAUUGCGAUGAGAAGUACACAACGCAGAUUUUCUGGAGUUUAGAGCGCUUAUGUUUUUAAGUUCUCUGGGAAAACAUCGACUACAAGAAUUCUCCUUCACACGAGCGGGAAAACAGGACUAAAGAGCAGGAUUAUAAUUAAUCUUCACACAGAGGCAAAGGUCAGGAUGAUCGUUGAGUGAUACGACUACACUCAGAAUGGAUUACGGUAACGAAGUUGAUCUCUCCAAUAACGAUAUCACUCCUCUCUGGAAGAGACGAGGCGCAAAUGACAUGAAGCCCAAGCCCAGACCUCUCAGUUACCAAAUGGACGGAGUUCUCAUGACAGACUUUCCUGUGGAUGAUAGGUGCACUAUCACUCUCACCCAACCUGCGGAGAAGAUCAGCACCGCUGCACCAAACACUGCAGUGCUGAAACACACUCUGAAUAAACCCAGCAGAAAGACUCGGGUGGUUAGGAGUAUUAGUAUAGGACAUUUGUCUAAUGGACGUUUCUUGCUGUCAAAGUUCACUAAAACAGAGGAUGCCAAGAAUUCAAAUGCUACAGGCCCCCCUAACUCAGCAACUCUGCCAACCAAGAAUGGGAAUGGCCUCAGUGAAUGGCAUGAUAAGAACAUAAAAGAGCCCCUCAGGCGUCUCUCCAGUCAGUUUACGCUCACGUCUCAGAAGGAUCAGAUUGUUUUUGGGGAUGCGUCUCCAACAUCCGACACGGUUUCCCCAAAACAGAGUUUGUCCCCUCAGAACUCCAAACGUCAACUUUCACCAUCAUUCCAAUCCCAGGAUGUCGGUGGGUCACCUCUCAGCCUCCGUAGCUCCCCGUCUCACAGUUCCAUCUCCAGCAUACCUUCACUUUCCUCCUCAGACCCCCCGACCCCCCGUACCCCAUCCCCUGCUGAGAGUUUGGGUGUAGACCUGUUGCAACGACAGAGUUCAGGGUCUUCACAGGGCUCCGAGGGCAAGCGACCCUCUUCCCCAGUUGUAUUGAGCACCCACAGUGCCACAGCCCAGAAGAUGGGCACCCAGCAGAUCAUACCAAGGGGACUGGCCUCUGACACACGCUUCAUAAAGCCCUCUCAGAACAGUAAAAGUGCUUUCCGACCUCGAAGCAUGUUUGAGACUGGGUCUUCUUUCUCCACAAGUAAGGAGGAUGAGCAGAAUGGAGAUGAGAGCCCGGGAUUACUCACAAGAGGCUUACGCUCCAAAUCAUAUCGCCGGGCAGUGGUCAGUGGCGUAGAUAUGGAUGUGCCAUCUUCAGACCCAAAAGCCAAAUGGCUGUCCCAGCCUGUACUGAAAGGAGUCGCAGAGGACAAGGAGAGUCCAGCUAGUCCGAGUCCAUCCAAGUGCAAGAAUAUGGAGAGGAAGAAAGGCCUGCCGACCCAACGGACUUUUGACAGUGAGGAGGAUGAGGUUCUGUACCAGAACUACCAAGAGAAAGCUCUACACAAUGAUUCUGAUGAGGAUGCAGAGUACAAAGAACCCCAGCCAGAUAAAGGCAUUGUGGUCCAGUACAAACCCAUCCGGACUUCCUGGAGUCAACUCAGUGUGGUUAAAAAAAGUGGAAUGUGUGAGACGUUAAGCCAAGAAGAACGAAAGAGACAAGAGGCCAUAUUUGAGGUCAUCUCAUCAGAGCACAGUUACUUACACAGUCUGGAGAUUCUCGUCCGUCUCUUCAAGAACUCAAUCGAGCUCAGCGAGACCAUUAACAAAACAGACCAUCACCAUCUAUUCUCCAACAUCGCUGAUGUCUGUGAGGCCAGCAAAAAGUUCUUCAAGGAACUCGAGGAUCGGCACCAGCAGAACAUUGUGAUCGAUGAUAUUAGUGACAUCGUUGUAAGACACGCCCAGUCGAAUUUUGACCCCUAUGUGACUUACUGCUCCAAUGAAGUGUACCAGCAGAGAACCUUACAGAGACACCUAAAUAAAAGCCCAUCCUUUAAGGAGGUGUUGACACGGAUUGAGGCCCACCCAGACUGCCGGAACCUUCCCAUGAUCUCCUUCCUCAUCCUUCCCAUGCAGAGAGUCACACGACUGCCCCUGUUGAUGGAUACCAUAUGCCAGAAGACGCCCAAAGACUCGGGCAAUUACGAGGCCUGUAAGAAAGCUCUGCACGCUGUCAGCAAGCUUGUGAGGAAAUGUAAUGAGGGAGCUCGAACGAUGGAGAGAACAGAAAUGAUGUACACAAUCAAUUCACAGCUGGAUUUUAAAAUUAAGCCAUUCCCACUGGUGUCCUCAUCUCGCUGGAUGGUGAAGCGUGGGGAGCUAACGGCCUUCGUAGAGGAAAAUGGGAUCUUUUCCAAGAGGACAUCUCGCCAGCACGUCUAUUUCUUCCUCUUUAACGAUGUCCUCAUUGUCACAAGAAAGAAAAGUGAGGAGAGUUAUACGGUGAUAGACUAUGCACUUAGGGAUCAGAUCUGGGUGGGGUCGUGUCAAGCAGAAGACUUGAAUCUCUCUCCAGUACGCACCACUGCGGGAAUGCUGACAUCACGACAAUGCGUGGCCAGCCACCUGUUUCAAAUCAGGUUCCGCAGCAACCACUCCGGAGACAAUGUGACCAUGGUCUUGGGGGCGGAGCUACUUAAUGAGAGGGCACGCUGGAUCAGCGCUCUGGGACAGAACAACAGUGACAACAAGAACGCUGACAGAAAGAAUGCCAUGCAGGUGGAGGUGACGAGGACAUACCCAGCCAGGCAGCCGGACGAGCUCUCUCUGCAGGUGGCUGAUGUUGUGCUGGUGUCCCAGACAGUGGACGGCUGGUAUGAAGGCGUGCGUCUGCGGGAUGGAGAGAGGGGCUGGUUCCUGUCCGAAUGUGCCGAGCCCAUUACCUGCCAGGCCACUAUUGAGAAGAACAUGCAGAGGAUGGACCGUCUGCAGGGCCUAGAAACAAAUGUCUGAGCAUGUUUAAAGAACUCCGUCUCCCUCUUAGGAAUGAACAACACUUGAAGACUAUUGAUGGACUCCAACUCAAACCACUACAGAGUAGGAAUGGCUUGCAAAGGAGAUACAUCACACCAUAUGGAAUGUGCCGUAUUGAAGUUUUAUGGGAAAUAUAAAUGGUUAUAGACUGAGCUCAGGGAUAAUUUCUAAAACAUUUCCGGGGUGGGGGGUGGGGUCUUACUUUCACUGCAAUAAUGUGCCAUUUUUUACUUCUCCAAAGUGACCCUGUUUCACUUUAAUUGAAAUUUUUAUUCAGAGCACUCCUGCACGGUAUGUACUUUUAAAGUGUUGAAUUUUUGUAAAAUGAAGAAAAGUUUUAUAGCAACACAAAGUUCAGUUUGUUGGUUUACUCACUCAUUCAAUUUUUGAAUUGACUCUCAGGAAAAAUGUAAACAUGAGUCAUCGUGAAUCAUGCCAAAUGUAAAUAUGUAUCAAAUAGCCUAAAUUUGUUAACUUUCAACUAAUCAGCACAUAGAUUUAUACUCCAAUGUACAUUUAAAAUUG